AUGUACAACGGCAUAGGUCUCACUACACCUCGUGGAAGCGGUACCAACGGUUAUGUCGUGCGCAACUUAUCAGCGCUUCGUUCGUAUGAACCGGCCAAAGAUCGCAAUGAGGCAUGGGAUGCAAAUCCACCCAAACAUCGUGAACCAGAUGAGGCUAUUCUCGAACAUGAACGGAAACGGAAGGUCGAGGUGAAAUGCCUGGAAUUACAAUUGGAAUUGGAGGAAAAAGAGAUUGACGAGAAAGAGAUUGAAAAGCGGGUGGAUGCUCUCCGCCAAGAGCUUUUGGCAAAGCUUCCAACGUAUGCACCUUCAGGAAAGGGCUUAAAGCCUUCAGACACGCAUGCUAUAGCUGCCGCCAAAAAGGCAGAACUUGAUAAAAUGGCAAGGGCACUUGGAACGAGAGGUGAUUACACCGAAGGAGACGCCUUUGACAGGGAAAAGCAAGAAGAAAACAGGUUGAGACGGAUGGUGGAACGGGAAGAAAGGGACCGUAGGAGGGAAGAAGACAGGAUUAGGUUGCAGGAGCAAAAAGCUAAAUGGGAGGCUGAUAGAAAGGAACGAGAGAGACUGCGCAGGAGACAGGAAGAUAGGAUGCGCAGGGAAAGGGAGGAGAACAAUCUACGAAGAAAAGAUGGGGAGAUGCCUCCACCGCCUCCACCACCGUCUCGAGGUGGUCGUGAUUCUGAAUAUCGGUCAAGACGGCCCUCGAGCAGGAGUAGGAGCCCUUCCCGGCGUGGGCCAACUUCACGUAGAAGCCCUCCGCCCCGACGGUCUCCUCCACAUUCUCGCUCUCGACGCCAUGUCUCCCGGUCUCGUUCACCUUCCGCUUCAGUAUCACCUCCUCCAGAACGUAGACGCCGUCAUUCUGCAUCUUCUCCCGGUCGUGGCCGUCGUUCUUUAAGUCCCCCUCGAAAACAACCUGAUUCGACACCCCCACCCCGAAGGGAUCAUUCGCUGUCGCGCUCCGUCUCUCCUCGACGAAAGUCGCUUUCGCCCGACCCUAGGGAUCGAGGUGCUCGUCGCCGAUCUCCAUCUCCAAAAGGAGGCCGUUCUGCUUCUAGUGACUCAGCGAUGUCUGUGAGCACUAGGUCAAGUCAUUCAGACUGA